AUGGGUGGAAUCUGUAAGCUUUCUAGAAAGUUGGGGAGCAGCACCUUCAAAAACAUGCAGCGACGACACACAACACUGAGGGAGAAGGGCCGCCGCCAGGCUAUCCGGGGUCCUGCUUACAUGUUCAACGAGAAGGGCACCAGCCUGACACCCGAGGAGGAACGUUUCUUGGACUCAGCGGAGUAUGGCAACAUCCCUGUGGUCAGGAAGAUGCUCGAAGAGUCCAAGACCCUCAACUUCAACUGCGUGGACUACAUGGGGCAGAAUGCACUGCAGCUGGCAGUGGGCAAUGAGCACCUUGAGGUCACGGAGCUGCUGCUCAAGAAGGAGAACCUGGCAAGAGUAGGGGACGCACUGCUGCUGGCAAUCAGCAAAGGCUACGUGCGUAUUGUGGAGGCCAUCCUGAACCACCCGGCCUUCGCACAGGGCCAGCGCCUAACGCUUAGCCCACUGGAACAAGAGUUAAGGGACGAUGACUUCUAUGCCUAUGACGAGGACGGCACACGCUUCUCCCACGACAUCACUCCCAUCAUCCUCGCAGCUCACUGCCAGGAGUAUGAGAUCGUGCACAUUCUGUUGCUCAAGGGUGCCCGCAUCGAGAGGCCCCAUGACUACUUUUGCAAAUGCACCGAGUGCACUGAGAAGCAGCGCAAAGACUCCUUCAGCCAUUCACGCUCCCGCAUGAAUGCCUACAAGGGACUGGCAAGUGCAGCCUACCUGUCUCUGUCCAGUGAAGACCCUGUCCUCACCGCCCUGGAGCUAAGCAACGAGUUAGCAAGACUAGCCAACAUUGAGACUGAAUUCAAGAAUGAUUACAGGAAGUUAUCUAUGCAAUGCAAGGAUUUUGUGGUGGGCGUGCUGGACCUGUGCCGAGACACAGAAGAGGUGGAAGCGAUUUUAAAUGGUGAUGUGAACUUCCAAGUCUGGUCCGACCACCACCGCCCGAGUCUGAGCCGGAUCAAACUCGCCAUUAAAUAUGAAGUCAAGAAGUUCGUUGCUCAUCCUAACUGUCAGCAGCAAUUGCUUACCAUGUGGUAUGAAAAUCUCUCAGGCUUACGUCAACAGUCUAUCGCUGUGAAAUUCCUGGCUGUCUUUGGAGUCUCCAUAGGCCUCCCUUUUCUCGCCAUAGCCUAUUGGAUUGCUCCGUGCAGCAAGCUAGGACGAACCCUGAGGAGCCCUUUCAUGAAGUUUGUAGCCCAUGCAGUUUCUUUUACCAUCUUUUUGGGCUUAUUAGUUGUGAAUGCAUCAGACCGUUUUGAAGGCGUUAAAACACUGCCGAACGAAACCUUCACAGACUACCCGAAACAAAUCUUCAGAGUGAAAACAACACAGUUUUCUUGGACAGAGAUGUUAAUCAUGAAAUGGGUCUUAGCCAGGGACAAAUGGUGGCCUUCAGACCCUCAGAUCAUAUCUGAAGGACUCUAUGCGAUAGCUGUUGUGCUGAGCUUCUCUCGCAUUGCCUACAUCCUGCCAGCUAAUGAGAGUUUCGGGCCUCUGCAGAUCUCCCUGGGGAGAACUGUGAAAGACAUCUUCAAGUUCAUGGUCAUUUUCAUCAUGGUAUUCGUGGCCUUCAUGAUUGGGAUGUUCAACCUGUACUCCUACUACCGAGGUGCGAAGUACAACCCAGCGUUUACAACGGUGGAAGAAAGUUUUAAAACCUUAUUUUGGUCCAUAUUUGGCUUGUCUGAAGUGAUCUCGGUGGUGCUGAAAUAUGACCACAAAUUCAUCGAGAACAUUGGCUACGUUCUCUAUGGCGUUUAUAAUGUCACCAUGGUGGUAGUGCUGCUCAAUAUGCUAAUAGCCAUGAUCAACAACUCCUAUCAGGAAAUUGAGGAGGAUGCAGACGUGGAAUGGAAAUUUGCUCGAGCCAAGCUCUGGUUGUCUUAUUUUGAUGAAGGACGAACUCUACCUGCUCCUUUUAAUCUAGUGCCAAGUCCUAAAUCAUUUUAUUAUCUCAUAAUGAGAAUCAAGAUGUGCCUCAUAAAACUUUGCAAAUCUAAGACCAAAAGCUGUGAAAAUGACCUUGAAAUGGGCAUGCUGAAUUCCAAAUUCAGGAAGACUCGUUACCAGCCUGGCAUGAGGAAUUCUGAAAACCUGACAGCAAAUAACACUUUCAGCAAGCCCACAAGAUACCAGAAAAUCAUGAAACGGCUCAUAAAAAGAUAUGUCCUGAAAGCCCAGGUGGACAGGGAAAAUGAUGAAGUCAAUGAAGGUGAACUGAAGGAAAUCAAGCAAGACAUCUCCAGCCUGCGCUAUGAGCUUCUUGAAGAGAAAUCUCAAGCUACUGGGGAGCUGGCUGACCUGAUCCAACAGCUCAGUGAGAAGUUUGGAAAGAACUUAAACAAAGACCACCUGAAGGUGAACAAGGGCAAAGACAUUUAG